GUCCACUGGGUUGAGUUGUCCACUGGGUCGAGUUGUCCACUGAGUUGAGUUGUCCAUUGGGUUGAGUUGUUUGCAGGGUCAAGUUUUCCGCUGGGUUGAGUUGUCUGCUGGGUUGAGUUGACUGCUGGGUUGAGUUGUCUGCUGGGUUGAGUUGUAUGCUGGGUUGAGUUGUCCAUUGGGUUGAAUUGUCUGCUGGGCCAAGUUGUCCAUUGGGUCGAGCUGUUUGUUUGGUCAAGUAAUCCGCUUGGUUGAGCUGUCUCCUGGGUUGACUUGCCUCAGGGUUGAGUUGUCCAUUGGGUCGAGUUGUCCACUGGGUUGAGUUGUCCAUUGGGUCGAGUUGAUAGAACAUUCAAAACCAGCUUUUCUGAUCAAGGUAUACCUAUUUACCCAAGGAGUGAAACCGUUUACUUAACGUCGUCUCCCCACUCAAAAUCUACUUUAUACCUGUCAUCAACCUUAAAGGACAAGGACCACAAUGCAAAUUGGGGACACUGUCGAAGCCAUUCCCUACCAAAUAGCAUGCUUCUAUCUUCUUCUGUGGUAUUCUUCGUCGGCUUGCAAAUAGGGUCGGCUUUGUCGUUGUUCCACAGGGAAUGUAACCUCAAGGUGCCAAAAAACUAUUCGAUCUCCCUACCACCCAAGAUUCUGGAUGUAGAAGGAAAUCAAGUUCCUUUGCCCAUAGAAAUCCAUAGUGGAGUCACAGAGAUUGAAUUCGUGGAUGAGCAAACGGGUCGGAUCGGUAUUUGCCUGGCAUUUGAGAUCAAAUGGCAUGAUCCAAACAUAUUUGCCCUAGAGGAAAAUCGGAACUGUUUCGGUAAAUUUCCAUUGGAAGGUUUCCGUGCCAAAUUUUGGACCCCGCCUCUGAUGUACGAAAACGUGAGGAAAACUGCGAACCCCAUGAAAAAUCAAAAUCUGCAAUAUGGAGUGGUGACACGGGACCACAAAAUAGUCAUUACCCAAUUCAUGGACAAUGAGAUUGCCUGCAAGUUUGAUUUCCGGAGAUACCCGUUUGACCAACACAAUUGUCCAUACAGAAUAGUUAGUUGGUUUGACAACAAUGAGGCUCUCGCUCUACGCACAAUAAUGCAUCGUCCUAGUUUUGGGCAAGCUCAACAAUCCAUUCAGAAUUACGGUAUUCAAAUAGAGCUGAUUAUGGACGGCUCAUCCGGCCAUUCUUAUCAGACCUAUGUUACUCCACAUAGAAACCUGAGCGUUACAGGAUUGAACAUUCAUCUGAGCAGGACUUUGAAGCCAUAUCUGACGAGAUAUUUUGGCCCUUCUGCCGGUCUGGUCCUUUUGGCCAUGGUGAGCUUUAUCAUCCCGGCGGAAAUGGUGGCUGGUCGGAUGGCCUUUCUGGUGACCCUUUAUUUGACCAGUGGAAAUCUGAGCUUAUCGACUUAUGUACAAGCUCCACCCGUGAAGGAUUUCUUGGCCUUGAAUUUGUGGGGCUACUUUCUUAAUUUCACAUUUACCAUGAUAUGCUUGGAAUAUGCGUGGAUUAUUUAUUUGCGUUUUCAAGUUCAGAAGAAGGUCGGGAUUUCCGAGGCUCGUGGUCUUGGGACCGAACUUCAAAGAUUCCAAAUUUGGACGACGAAGAUGGACUUGAAGGCCGCUUUCGUGUGUUCAACGUUCUUUGUCGUCACUAGUGCCGUCUAUUUUAUUUAUUAUUUACUAUAAGUUAUCGUAAAGACAAUAUUUAGACGACACUUUUAAAAAAAGACGACAUAUUUAAAAGCAAGGCUACCUUGCUCAUGUAACGGGUUUUAAUGACCCGAGUCUUCUUUAACUGUACAAUUAUAAGAGAGACAUGAGGAAAAUGAUGCACGAGAUGGCGUAUUUUAUUGAAAAAUAUAAGGAUAAGGAUUGACAAUAUAACUGAUAAAUCAAGACUUCGUCGAUGAAAACGAAAGUAAACGUGUAAUAGAAUAGCUAUUUGUACAAUACCGGGGGCCUUCUUUGCUUGGAGUUUAUGAAAGU